CUUUCUUCGUCAUUGACUGUUUAAUUGAUCUACAUCCAGUCUUACCCUUUGGGUGUUCUUUGAAGGCCUCGGCUCUUAACAACAAGAUAGAUGUCAACCAUUUUCUAUCAGACUGCCUUUUGGUAACCUGUAAAUAUACAAUGUGUGCAAGGAAUGGAGAUCGUUUAACUGAUCCGAGUAUGAGAAUGAAUGUUUGCGUAAGGCGAGGUUCGGUCGUCUCAAGGACUCAUUCUUCUAACGUUACGUCCUUGCCAUUAAGUUCGACAAUAUAUCCGGUAGCGACUAUGACGCCAGCUGUGCCUCUGUUGACAACUUCAAAAACAGAAAAUACAGCAACAUCAGAUCCGACGAUACCAAACAAGCCAUAUACUGACACGGAAACCACAGACAUUGAAACGAAUUCGGCAGUAAAUAUUUUUACUUCUUCAACACGUCUGCCAACCAAGUAUCCACCUGCAACAAGUGAAUCGACAACCAUGCGGAUUCUUUCAUCCAACGCAUCCAUAAGUACAACAUCUUCAACAACCACGGUGACACCUACAGAACAUGCUCCAGAUGUGGUUACAACAUUAGUUCAAACUACGGACACAGAAACAACCAACGAACCUACAACUGCAAACCCUACAACUGAACCCACCGCUAGGACAUCAUCAGUGAGCAAGGCAACUACGAAUUAUCUGCCAACUACACGCCAACCUACGACUACAGAAGUUACAACAUCUCCAGGCACAACAAAGGGAUCUGUUACAGAAUCAGUUAGUACAACUGAGACAAUGACCAAAUCAAGCACAUCGGCAACCACAAACGAACCAGAAACAGUUGAUCCGUCAGUUCCUUCGCUAAAGAUUUUAGCCGUUGAUCAAUGCUCCAAUUCCCUUCAGAUAUCAGACCUCCCUACAGUCGCUUUUCAAACACUCAACCUCCUUAUUAAUAACAAACUCCAGUCUGUCACUUACGAUUCAGUUGACAAGGAGGUAUUUUGGUCAGACAUCCUGCUAGCAGCUGGAACACUGGGAAUCAGUCAGGUCUGCGGUUCAAAACUCGAUGGGACAUCCAGGAGGUGUAAGAGCAUAGACGAUUAUUGUAAAGGUCCUCGGAAAAUAGCAAUUGACGAGACUGAUCGCAAGCUCUAUAUUGCUUGCUCGUCUAACUCACGGAUUGUAAUGACCAACCUGGUGUUGACAGAUUACAGCUUGCAAACCCUUGUCGAUACUGUACCUGUCAAUGUGCAGUUUAUUGCAACCAUCCCAGGAGCGGUGGUCUACGCUACAGGACAAGAGAUACAAAAAUUCACGACCAGUUACAGCAGAAGUGUGCUGACUCAAGAAUCUCACGCGAUACAAGGCUUGACCGUUGAUCGUGCACAAAAUAAGAUUCAUUAUGCUGUCGGAACGAUAACCGCUGCUACAGACUGGUACAAGAUGAACUAUGAUGGCACCGGAAAAAUGUCACACGCCACAAGAGUAAAUUCACCAAGUGACUUGGAGUGGUUCGACAAUCAAUUCUACACGGUUGAGAAUGGGGAUAUCUACACCGUCGAUGAACAUGGUUCCGUGACUAAUUGGAAUUUGAAUAGUAAUGAAAUAUGCAUCAUGGACAUUAUAAUAGCAGUUAUUUAACCCAGUCAGCGAGAGAUAACCUUUACGGGCCUAAGGUAUGUUUCCUAAAGUUUAUUGUUAAGUGACUGAAGACUUAAUGGAAUUGACAUUUGCAUGUUUUAACAUUAAAGGGCAAAAUAUGUUUUAUUGCCAUAUGAAGUUAAUUGAAUAAAAGCCAAUAUGACAUUGCAUGUUUUAACAAUAUGAGCUAAAGACAUAAACUAAUAUAUAGUGUCUGGAUCAUUAGUUACCCAUGACGCAACAGUCAAAUAAUAUAGUCUUAUAAUACAAGCCAUUACCAUGAUCAGAAUGGCAAUCACUAUUUCAGUACCGGAACUUUCACCAAAAAACAAAGUCUUUACUUUGAGGAUGUAAACAUUCCUGCUCUCUUUCAUUUAUCAAUAAUUCUCUUAAUCAAAAUGUGUGAUCUUUAACUGAAAAGUAUAUUAUGUAUCAGAACUAUUGUCAAGUAUAUGAUCCCAUGGCAGAACCUCCACUUUGCAAUGGCAUUUCAUAAUCCAGUUCAGUAAGUCCUGUGUAAUGAUUCAAAGAGCUUUAUGGACAGCCCCCCCCCCCCGAGACAAUUUGCUGUCUACACAUGCUAAAACAUAGAUGCUCUAGACGAUAUGAGGCUAAACCCACCCAAACAACAAAUUAUAUCUUAUACAUCUCCACUCAAGGAGAUUCGAUCUUUUAAUUUAUUUAAGAAGAGAUCCAAAGAAAUCAUUCUUGCUAAUUAUCAUUUGCUGUGAGUUAUUUUUCUAAAUUUGUUUUAUUUAGCUCUUGCCCCCCCCCCCCCCCAUUUGUUCUGUUUUGUAUUUCUUUGUAUUAUUUUGUCUUAGGUACUUUUA